CGGAGUUACAAUUUUCGCAGUAGCGGGCGGACCAACGGUGAACGAGGUGGGGUGGGCAAGAUGUGGAAAUCCUUGUUAGAUUCUGCGGCAGCAAAUCCAUUCUGCAGCCCAUUUAAUACAGCAUCAUGUGAAGGAAGAAUACAUGCCGUUCCUGGUCGAAACAUAGCAGCUGCCGCAGUAUAUAGUAGCCCAGAAGAUUCGUGUGAGUUCGCCUCCGGAAAGUACUUCGCCUUGUGUGGAUUGGGAGGAAUAUUGUCCUGUGGAAUUACUCAUACUAUGGUUGUGCCGCUUGAUUUAGUGAAGUGUAGAUUGCAAGUGGAUCCAGCGAAGUACAAGAACGUUUUUAACGGCUUCAAGGUCACUUUGAAAGAAGACGGAGUGCGAGGUUUGGCGAAAGGCUGGGCCCCAACAUUUUUCGGAUAUUCCAUGCAAGGAUUGUGUAAGUUCGGACUAUACGAAGUUUUUAAAGUAUUUUACUCUAAUAUUCUUGGCGAAGAAAAUUCAUACGUUUGGCGUACAUCAUUGUAUUUGGCAGCUUCUGCCACAGCUGAAUUUUUUGCGGACAUUGCGCUUAGUCCAAUGGAAUCAGCGAAAGUUAGAAUUCAGACUCAGCCAGGAUUCGUUACAACGUUAAGGGCAGCAAUGCCGAUUAUGUACAGAGAAGAAGGUUUAAAUAGCUUUUAUAAGAGCCUUGUUCCUUUGUGGAUGCGGCAGAUCCCGUAUACAAUGAUGAAGUUCGCUUGUUUCGAGCGGACGAUUGAAAUAUUAUACAAAUAUGUUGUUCCAAAGCCAAGAUCGGAGUGCACCAAGGGGGAGCAGCUGGUUGUUACUUUUGCAGCGGGUUACAUAGCGGGUAUCUUCUGUGCCAUAGUGUCUCAUCCAGCUGACACAGUUGUCUCAAAACUGAAUCAAGAUAAAGGUUCGACUGCCCUUGAGGCAGCCAAAAAAUUGGGCUUUGCAGGAAUGUGGAAGGGUCUGAUGCCCAGGAUAGUGAUGAUUGGUACACUUACAGCUGCGCAAUGGUUUAUUUAUGAUGCUGUGAAGGUCUGGUUAAGACUACCACGGCCGCCACCUCCAGAGAUGCCAGAAUCACUGAAGAGGAAGUUGGAAGCCAAGGCUCAAUAACUAAGUUGAGAAAGCAAUCCGAGGUUGUCACAAAUGCUGCACUUGGCUUGUACUGUAAUGUAGUACUGUAGUGCAAACCAAAGAUAAACAGGUAUAUUGUCUACUUAUUUAUUUGUUGUUAUAGCUCUGUGAUGAGCAAUUGUUGUAUUGUGUGUAAUUAAAAUGUGUUUAAAAGUG